CUUCUCCUGACACACAACUACAAUAUACAAGUCACUUAAUUCAAAAUGUCCUCCCCUAAAGGCCCCUUUACUCUCGUCACCGUCAACACCGCGCCCGAGCGGGCCAAGCGCCUCAUCGGCCGCAUGGUCGAGGCGCUCAAGGACCGGUAUACCAUUAUCCAUGUUGAUAACUGCGAGUCUAUUGAAGAGGUUGCGCCUAAAGUGACGCAACAUAAGCCUGACGUUCUGUUCUCCGCCUCUAUGUGGUCCGCCGAACAAGCGGCUGAAAUCCAGUCCAUCGCGCGUAGCAUCAAGCCCGAUAUCAAGCUGCAUGCGAUCCCGCAAGGUUUACAGGUUGAGAAGGGGCCUGACGCGAUUGUUGAGUACUUGCUCGAGAAUGUGCCGGGUCUCUUGGAUGAGAAUUAAACUCAGCCCGUGCGUUACGAGGAUGUUUGGGAGGUGAGGUCGAAGCGGGUCAUUUAC